AUGGCCGCCAGUUUCGGGGAGAAACUGCUCUUAGAGGUGCAUGAGGAGGGUCUGGACGAGCUGCUACACGAUUUGAGGGCUACAUGCAAGGAGAAGCUGCCGAUCAGCAGAGCUCACUUUGGCAUCGCACCUGUGGAUGAGCUUCUACAGCUGUUCAUGCCCCCUCAAGCUGGACACUAUCAGCCACCUAUCGAGCAAGAGCAUGUCAGCGGUCAAGGCAAUCCUACCUCUCCCACGGCAGGUCAUGGACCUCCACACCUUGUCCCACCCCCCUCUAUCAGCCGGCUGUAUCCCGUGUUAGAGAUAUCCAGCACGUCCUCUGCGGCGGGGAAGUCUCAGAUAGUAUACCACUUGGCUGCAUUGGCCAUACUACCCUCCGAGUUCAACGGUAUCCCACUCGGCGGUUUUGGCUCUGCUGUAGUCUUCGUCGACACUGAUGGUCGGUUUGAUGCCGAGCGCCUACGUACCGUCGCUCGCGAAAUUAUCCAGAGCACGCUACAGACUAGAGGGGAUUCGUCUUCUCUCUCUCAUUCGAUUGAAGCUACGCUUCUCAACUCUCUGCAACAUGUUCAUGUUUUCCGUCCGCAGUCAUCUCUAGCUCUCAUCGCUACCCUGCAGUCGCUAGACACAUACCUGCUAGAUAUCUCUCGGCACGUCUCAGCCAACCGCCCAGUUCACGCUAUCGUCAUUGACAGCGCAACAGCCUUCUUCUGGCAAGACAAGCUCCAAGAUGAAAUAGCUCGCACCGAGGAUAUUGGCCGCCCCGCCGCCGACAUCGAACGCGAGCGCCUCAAGAAAGAAAGUUUCUACCUCGCAGAUGUUUACGCAGAUCUAGUGGCAGAACUCAAGCGUUUGCAGCACAUGUUCGAUUGCUCUGUCAUAUACACUACUACCUCAUUCAAUGGAAGGGCAAUUGAGAAGCAACCCGAUUUCUAUGGCUCGUAUAACAUUCUGGACACUGCAUUCCCUAAUAUGCCCUCCUUUCGGUCUCCAUUGCCCCCUCCUUGGGGCUUGUUUCCGACGCUGCGGUUAGUGGUGCAGAGGGAAGCUGUUCGUCCGUUCUCACCCAGUGCUACAGUCUCAGAGGUGCAGCGAGAAGCGCCUAUGCGGCAGGAGAUUGUUAUGAGAGCUGAGUUUGUGGGGUCGGUCAAUGGUUGGGGACGAGAGAAUUGGCCGAGAAAGCUGUUGGAAGAGCUGAAGAGGCGAGAUGAAGGCGUUUUCGGGUUUCGUGUGGGACGGGAUGGGAUUACGUUCAGUUGA